GACCGACAACACCGACCGGCUAGCGGCCACGGCCUCGCCUCCCUCUGCUCGCGUUGAUUCGAGUGCGCAAAACAGAUAUUUCGAGCCAGCGGAGACACGCGACGCCGCCCGUUCGUAUUACAAGAUCAUCGAGCAUACGUGAUCCGGCCACCCGACGCGUAUCAGUCUCCACAAACUUCUGGCGCGGCACGGUCGUCGUAGCGCGCAGAGAUCAAUAAUCAUAACAUUAUUAUCGGCAGUAUCGAUUCGCAUAUUUUAUAUCACGCAACGUACUUUUUACGAAGUGCCGUUYAGUGUUUGCACUCAAUAUUUUUUUUACAAAUAUAAACGUGUCGAGCUCGCAAGUCGGUAAUUGCACACGAAAUUGCGAGCUAUGAAAACGUUACUAUGGUGCUGCUGUUGGACGCUGAUGUUCGCGUCRAUGUUGYGGCCAUCCCUGUCCACGCCAACGACGACGAACAGCUCGGCCGCGGAACAGGAUCGACGACAAUUGCACGACGUCGGAACAUCUCAAAACUCCACGGCCAUUAAGGCCUCAUCCUCGGUGGACGAUGACGAUAAUAGCAGUCGGGCCUCUGACUCGGGAGAGUUGAUCGGUGGUGACCGCGGUGAAGAUGACGGCGGCGGAGGUGUCAUCAGCGCCGACGAAAACGCCGCCGACGGCCGGGUGGCCGAACUCUACGAGGACCUCGAGGAUUCGGUGACGUUCGACAACUCGGACGGCCACGGUCACGAUGGCGGUGCGUCAGUCAAUGACGCUACCGCGGAUCACCAGCCGCUGACCAACGUAGACGGACCGGUGCCGGCCGCAGCCGACGGGGGCGAAUCGUCCGCGUCCGCCGAGGAGUACGACGCAGCCGCGGAAGACGCAUCGCCCGCCGGCAGUAGCCCCGUCGGCCACGCGCUGCAGCGGUCGGUCAAAUAUCCAGAAUACGUACGGUCGUCUAGCUACCGACGAGGGUGGCCAGGUGGCAACGUCACCAGGCCCGAAGAGGUGUUCCGAUUCUGGGACCCGUACGAGUUGACGGCCACGCCUGCCGUGUCACCCCAGUGCGCCGAGCACGUGCAACUCUAUCAGGCGGCCCUGCGCAACGGCAAAAUGUGGGCGUUCAAAAUGUCAGAUGCUAGUGGACAUUACAGCAGUGGUUAUUUCUGGGGAAAUACGUUCUGGUUAGGAUCGAAAAGUUUGUGUACAGAAAUAUCAGAAUAUGAUGAAGAGCUACCUUUCAAACUAGGAUUCAAUAUAAUAAAAACAUACAUCGCCUUGAAAGCGCCUAUUAAUUAUACGGAGAGGUAUCAGCACUUGGGUUUGUGUUUGCCUUACUCGUGUUCCAAAGAAGACGUGGACGAGAUGGUCAAUCAGACUCUGCAUCAGGACAUCCCAGAAAGAGAUGUAAAAGUCGCCAAAGUGAAAUCACCUCACGAUCACUACGACUUGUUUGGUGACAGAGUUUUCUGGCUCCUCGUAAUAAUAUCCGCCACAACCACGGUAUUCCUGAUAUUGGGCACAAGCUUGGACAUGUAUUUAGAAAAAAACGACCGUAACAAAAUGAACGGGUUCAUGUAUGACAAUUACAGGUACGCUGUAAGCAGUGCCAAAUUAGAACCGCUUUCCGAACAUUCCAAAAUAGAUUUAGAGUCUGCAUCUUCGAAGAGCUCUGAGACGUUGUCUAAAACCGAACCGAUGACUUGUACAGCCGUGAAUAUGUUACUUGCAUUUUCAGUGCUAAGAAACUUUAGACAAAUAUGCGAUAAGUCGAUUGGCGAAGACACGAUAUCCACGGUUCACGGUCUCCGAUCAUUGAGCAUGGUAUGGAUCGUUUUGGGCCAUGUUUGCAUUGUUUCAUUUAAAUACUCGGACAAUAUGGAAUUCCGUACCACUGCCGAACGGCAUUUGUUGUUUCAAUUGAUCAACAAAGCGACGUAUUCGGUAGACACUUUCUUCUUCAUCAGCGGACUUUUGGUUUCAUUUCUCUACUUCAGGACMACGGCAAAAGUGGACGUUAACAAACUGACCAAAACCACAGGUUUUUUGUCUAAUUUUAUCGAAUUCAUAGGACUUCUGGUUUACCGAUUCUGCAGACUUACCGCACCAUAUUUCUUCGCGUUGGGCGUCGUACAGCUGACAAUGAAAUGGUUCCAUUACAAUUCCGUUUUCGAUCCUCCGACAGACGACCACUUAAAUUGCCCGAAAUAUUGGUGGAGAAAUCUGCUGUACAUCAAUACUCUGUUCCCCGUUCAAGAUAUGUGCAUGCUCUGGAGUUGGUACUUGGCAGAUGACACACAGUUCUACAUACUUGGUGUCAUUCUUCUCAUACUAUCUGUUCGGUAUUUCAAGGUAUCGGCAGUAAUCUUAGUGCUGUGCACGGUCGUCUCGUGGUUCACCACCGGAUACAUAGCGUACACUAACAAGCACAUGCCAAACAUUGACGACCCGUUGGCGCUAUUCGACAAGAUCUACGACAAACCGUGGACGAGACUUGGGCCAUAUUUCGUGGGCAUGUCCAUCGGAUGGCUGCUGUUCAAAACCGAGUGCAAAAUCAAGAUGAACACGUUGUCCGUGAUUGCGGGAUGGACCAUUUCCUCGGCAGUGCUCUGCAGUCUGAUAUUCGGUCUCCAUAAAAUGGAUCUACAUCCGGUCGUUGCCGCCGCUUAUUCUUCGUUGAGUCACACUCUGUGGGCCCUUUGCUUAUCGUGGAUAGUGAUCGCUUGCGCCACCGGACACGGGGGUUACAUAAACAAAUUACUGUCCUGCAAAAUCUUAAUACCGUUCAGUCGGACAACCUAUUGCGCUUACCUAGUUCAUCCAAUCAUCAUUAGGUACGUGGUAAUGAAAAGAGACACUCCACUUCACCUGACCGUAGAGACUGUGGCAAUAUUGUUCUUGGGGCAAAUUGUUGUGUCUUACAUUUUUGCGUUCAUCUUGUCUAUCGCAUUCGAGGCACCGAUCGUGUCGCUGCUGAAACUCGUAUCACCUACCAAACGGAACAACCACUGAUCAUUUAUAUUUUCUGUAUUUCAUUACAUUGACAUACAUGCCUAUUAUUUUAUUUUAUUAUUGUAUUGUAUUAUAUAAACUCGUGACUCGUCCACCGACUCGAAAACGAAAUUUUCUCAUCUUGUGAACAGAUUAUAAAUAUUACACUAAUAGUACUUACUACUUAUUGUGGCGAGAAAAACAGAGUAUUUAUAAAUUAAUUUA